GGAAGUUGGUGGAUUGUUGGAGCAGUAAUCAAUAUGGAUUGGUUAGUUUCACAGUUAAUAAUCACAAAUAAAUAGAGAUAGAGAGAGACAUGCAAACUUUAAUGAGGUUCGAAGGUGGGGCCAAUAUUGCUACUGCACUCGUGCUGGCUCUGUUGUUCCUUCGAAGGUCAAGCUUCUUCAACAACUGCAAGCUGGAACUACCCCCUGAGUUAGGCAGAAUCCAUAAUGUGUUCCAUGUCUCCAUGCUUUGUCGUUACCGGUCUGACCCCACGUAUCGACUACAUGAAGGAGCCAUCACUCUUGAGGACAGUUUAACUUAUGAGGAGGAACCCGUGCAGAUUCUAGCACGGGAAGUGAAGGAGUUGAGGAACAAGACGGUGCCUUUGGUCAAAGUCUUGUGGCGUAAUCAUGCUAUUGAGAAGGCUAUGGUUCGCUGUUCGGAACCCGACCGCGCGAACAGAUUGAGAAUCGGACUUACUGGGCCCAAGAUACGACGGAAGAAUAAGCCCUUCCUUCGACGCCGACACCACAGCGGCACCGGCGGCCUCCUACCCAGGGAAAGCAGCGCUGCCACCGUCUCUCUCUCUUUUGUCGAUUCGCCCUUCGCCGGUUUCCUCUGCUCUGCGUCGUUCGUCCCUGUCGUUCCAUCAAGCGAGGAGAUAGCAGCAGCGCCGGCGACGCCACCCCUCUCUCCCUCUUCUCAGACGGCGCACGUGGAUUUCGACAGGCCGAGUGGCGGUGACGGGAAUAGCAACAACGAUUCCCCUUUUCCUUCCAACCCGAGUUUGAUUCUUCAAUUUCAAGGUAGGGAUAUGGAUCAUGAGGGCCAGCCUGGAGGACGUUGAUACGUGACGCAAUAGAUGACAUCACCAUUUUUAUUAUGGACAUUUAAUUACUGCGUUUAUUAAUUCUUUGAUUUAAACAUUGAUUGUAGAAUGUUAUUUUGGGACUUCUGCACAUGAUGGACUUUACUCCAAACUUUUCGUAAUUAAUUGGGUGUCUGGAU